UUAUUGAUACCCUGAUAUCACCCCUCCUCAGAUCUCUGGAAUUGCACAGUGAAACACAUUGGUUUGUCAGCUGCCUGUUCCUGAGCUGUGUGUGAAGAGAGAGGGAGAGAGGGGGACGGAAGAGAGUGUUGGAACAGCAGAGCAGCUCUGGGCUGAAUUCAGCCAUGUCAGUUUUCUCGACACCAAACAAACGAUGAGAACUGAGGAACCAUGGCCAUGUCACUGAGUGCGGACGAUGAGGAUUACGAUUCAGAAUCUGAACAGGUCAGAGAACGCUGGAUUUGACUGUUUGCCUAAUGCUGCCUACAAGCUACAACAACGGGCAGCCAAUCGGCCAAAGCCCAAGAUGGGGACGCCAGCUGCCGUCAAGCUGCCGUCCAAUCGCAGCUCGUCUGGUGCGAGGCGCCGGCGGACACGCUGUCGGAAGUGUGAGGCAUGCCUGCGGACCGAGUGUGGCGAGUGUCACUUCUGCAAAGACAUGAAGAAGUUUGGAGGUCCGGGUCGCAUGAAGCAGUCAUGUAUCAUGAGGCAGUGCAUCGCGCCGGUUCUUCCCCACACGGCCGUGUGUGUGGUGUGUGGUGAGGCAGGCAAGGAGGACACGCAGGAGGAGGAAGAGGACAAGUUCAAUGUCAUGCUCAUGGAGUGCUCCAUCUGCAAUGAGAUAGUUCAUCCCAACUGUCUCAAGGUUAAAGAUACUUCGGGCGUGGUGAACGAAGAGCUCCCUAACUGUUGGGAGUGUCCCAAAUGCAAUUAUGCUGGGAAAACUGGAAAAGUCUGCAAGCAAAAAAGAGGUCCAGGGUUCAAGUACGCCUCCAACCUCCCAGGCUCCCUGCUGAGGGAGCAGAAGGCCGCCAAGGAGGAGGCGGACGCGGGGGGCUCGGUCCGGAGGAGGGAGGAGACCCCCAGGCACCGGCUGGACGAGCCCGUCGGCCGACAGCCGCCUCUCCUGUCGCCCAGCUGCUUGCCUCGGCCCCGACCGGAGGACAAACUGAGGAAGAAGAGGAAGCUGUUCGACGACGAUGAGGAAGAGGACCUCGGCGUGAGGAAGAAGGGCAAGUCAGCUGAUCCUCUCUUCCCCAAACUUCUCCAUCAAAUCAAGACGGAGGAAGAGGACCAAGAGGAGGAGGAGGAGGAAGAGGAGGAGGAUGAGGAGGAGCGGGAACCUUUCUACCGGCGUGUCCUUGAAAGGGACGAAGCUGACGAUGAAGAGGACAGCAAGGCCGACCUGCCGAGUCCCCACCUCAAGACGCCUUUUCUGGACAGCGACCAGUCGCACUGCAGCUCCCCCCGGGCGGGGCCCAGCAGCGAGGGAGGCAGCGAGACCCAGGAGAAGGGCCCGCGGCCCAAAGCCCGCCGCAAGCGCCGCAUCCCCAACAAGGAGCUGAGCAAGGAGCUGAGCAAAGCCCUCAACCAGGAGAUCCAGAAGACCGAGGAGUCCCUGGCCAAUGAGAACCGCCAGCCCCUCAAGGAGGAGCCCGAGAGCGAGAACGAGGAGCCCAAGAGGCCCUUCCGGAACGGCGGCGGCGGCGACCUGGGAGGUGAGCGGCCCCACCUCAGGACCAGGGAGAUGAACGGCACCCCCUGGGAGCUGCGCCACUUCUACCCCAGUCAGAUCACCCCUCUGGGCUUCAACAGGAGCUCCCCCGCCACCCGGCCCCUGCCCCCGCGCUCCCCGCCCAAGUGUGUCCAAAUGGAGAGACACGUCAUCCGCCCGCCCCCCAUCAGCCCCCCUCCGGACAGGCUGCCCCUCACGGACGGCAAGACCCACGCCAUGCAGAGGGAGGUCUGGAUGAAGAUCUUCGGGUACCUCCCUCACAAGGAGCUGUGUGUCAACAUGCGGGUCUGCAAGACCUGGAACAGAUGGUGCUGUGACAAAAGGCUGUGGACCCGGAUUGACCUGAAUCGCUGCAAGGCCAUCUCACCGCUCAUGCUCAGUGGGAUCAUCCGCAGACAGCCCGUCUCCCUGGAUCUCAGCUGGACCAACAUCUCCAAGAAGCAACUCAGCUGGCUCAUCAACCGAUUACCAGGUCUGAGGGUGCUGCUGUUGUCGGGCUGCUCCUGGGUGGCCGUGUCAGCCCUGUGUACCUCCAGCUGCCCUCCGCUCCGCACCCUGGACGUCCAGUGGGUGGAGGGGCUCAAAGACGCCCAGAUGAGAGACCUGCUGUCCCCCCCGACAGACAACAGACCAGGUCAGAUGGACAACCGCUGUAAGCUGAGGAACAUAGUGGACCUGCGCCUGGCCGGCCUGGACAUCACCGACGCGUCUCUGCGUCUCAUCAUCCGACAGAUGCCUUCCCUGUCCAGCCUGGACCUCAGCUACUGCAACCACAUCAACGACCAGUCGGUCAACCUGCUGACGGCGGCAGGUACCACCACCAGAGACUCCCUCACGGUCGUCAACCUGUCAGUGUGUAACAGGGUGACAGACCACUCCCUCACCUUUUUCAAGCGCUGUGGAAGCAUCUGUCAAAUUGACCUCCGCUACUGCAAACAGGUGACCAAGACAGCCUGCGAACGUUUCAUAGCGGAGAUGUCUGUGAGUGUGCAGUUCGGACUGAAGGAAGAUAAAUUGCUGCAGAAGCUCAGCUAGUUUUCUAUGAGAACUAGGGCCGAGGUCCAAAUGUACACUCAAACAAAAGACUAACGAAAUGCACUAAAUGGAGCAACAAGGUUUCCCCAUUGAACCUGGUUGGUUUUGUACAUUUUAUUUCCUCUUCUGUGCUCAGAUUCCUGAAUCCUCACUGUCAGAGGAGAAGCAGUAUCUUGAACACGUUCUUUGUUCUUGUCAUUGGUGUCUUUAUGGAUAUUACCGCACCCCAACACACUCAAAGUGGAGUCUUUGUACAAAGGGGUAGGAUGUAUAACUCCUGGAGAAAAGGUGUUGAGGAAAGUCAAAGCAUGAGUGUUUUUGUGCUGUUUAGAUUGUACCUUUAUAAUGGUUUGUGGUUUUGUUGAAUUGGCUGUGUAUUUCUACCUGUUAGAAAUGUGUUAAAUGUAAAAAAAUAUAUUUUUUAUACAACCAUAAUUUACACAUCUGGCAAUAAGGCAACAUUUUUGGAGUAAUUUAAUGUUUGCAGUUCCACACACUCCCAGAUACAGUUUUGUUGAAUGGUUCUCAGAUAUCUCUAAGAACUGGAUAGUGCUCUUAUAAAGUCUGCCUUGACCCAGGUGUAUAUUUAGAAUGCUGUGGUUUCCAUGACACGUGCCAAAGUGACUGACUUUGGAUGGAUUUACUUUAUUAAAAUAUAAACAUUUGAUAUAAUUGUCAUAAAUGUCUAAAUGAAAUAUUUGGUCAAUAAAUGACUAAAAUAUAA